CGAUGGAUGCAUUGUUUGUUGCCAUGGUAACGCUUGCCCUAUCAGUAUCUCUGAGUGUGUCCUUUUACUUCACUCAUACCUUAUGGAUAUAUGUGUUUAGCGUGCUAAGUAAUGAAUUUCCAAGGGCCACUGUGUGUGUGUGUGUGUGUGUGUGUGUGUGUGUGUGUGUGUGUGUGUGUGUGUGUGUGUGUGUGUGUGUGUGUGUGUGUGUGUGUGUGUGUGUGUGUGUGUGUGUGUGUGUGUGUGAGUGAAUUAAUCCAGUCUAUUUGAUCCUUAAGCUUUCAGAGCAUUUUUGUGGUGUUAGUGUAGCCUUAAGCCUGAGCAAGUAUUGGAUUAGUCAGUGAUUUAUAUUGCUGCUCCACAGUAAAAGUAGAAGAUUCCCUUCACACGAAAUCCUAUUUCCUAGGAUCAAAUCCACACCGCCAUACUGUAUAUUGGCUUAUUCUGUUGUUGUUGUUGCUGAAAGCAUUACACUCCUACCCUUUCAUGUUUGAAUAUUUGGAUAUUUGCAUAUUUAGUUCUGUUGGACAAACAUAACCAACAGGUUAUGCCCCAAAGAGAAGAAGACUGAUGCUGAAGUGACUGGCUUAUAAACCACAACUAGAGAUGAGUUUAAUCGUUCACAUUAAACAAAGGAGGUUAAUCAAUUGUGCUUCAAAAAAGGGAUGAGAGGCAAGUCAUCUUCUUUUAAAGUCGCUUUUCCAAAAGAGAAAACACUUUGAAAAUGAGUUAUUCACUCUGAAGACAUUUGAGUGAAUCCUGCAGCUAUGGCAUCAUGGAGGUUUUUACUAAUAUCUCUAAGGCCCUGUCCACACGUAGCCGAGGAUCUGCCAAAACGUGGAUAUUUUUCUACGUUUUGGCCUGUCAUCCACACGAAAACGGAGUUUUUUCACACGAAAACUGAUCUUUUUAAAAACUCCUGCCAAAGUGAAGAUCUGCGUUUUCUCCGUUUUGGGUGUCUGCGUGUGGACAGACAAAACCGGCGUUUUAAGGCCCGCAACGUCACUUUCCGCGACAAACAAAUGCUGACAUCACGUGUGCGACCUGUGUUUACACUAGCCGACAGCAUGGAUGCCCUCAGAGCUGCGCUCGCUUGAUCAAUUGUCCAAGCGCUUUUUGCUUGUUUGUUUUUGCAAGCGGAGUUACUGCUCCUUGCGGAAGACUACAGACGAAGGACGAGGUUAAGAACGGGGGAAAUACUGCUGCCUACAAGUCUGGCAUGUCCUUAACAACAUAUUUAUCCGGGUACAUGUGGACAGAGUUUUUUUUUUUAAAGAGGUGGUGUGGAUGCAAGUUUUUGGAGGGGCGGAUAUUCGUUUAAAAAAAACCCGGCUACGUGUGGACUAGGCCUUAAAGAAUGAAGAAUAGUUGAACUCUGACAAAGACAGCAAUGUUGAAACAUUAGUUCAUUUAUUUGCACUAAUUAAAUAUUUUUAUUUUGACCCGAGUGCUCCAGCCUUCUUCCUCCACCUUUAAAAGAAUGUAGAAAAAAAAAAAUAACUUUAACCUGUAGAUGCACAUUUUCAUUAAUUUUGUUGUCAUGAGUUGGGUCAUGGAGAGCUGACUCCAGCAGUCAUCAGUCGAGUGGCAGAAGACACACUGGACAGGUCGCCAGGCCAUUGCUUGAGGGCACAAACAAUGACAUAGAACGAUGCACACACUCACAUCCAGGCACAAUUCCAGUCAUCACUUAUCCUAAAAACUAGUUCACACUGCAGUAUUUUUAACAUUUAAAAUGUGGGCUGAGAGACCGUGAUAUACCAGUUUUGGUUUUAUAGUGUGUGUGCAGCAGCUUGUCAAAAACACACAAAGUGUCACGUUCAUUUGUCCCCGAAAAUCAGAACAAGACAUUUCAGCAUGUUUGAAAGCCUGGAUUAAUGAUCGGAGACGCAAUGUCUUUUUGUGCAGACUAGACUGUGCUUAACACACCACACAGUAGGAUCAUUUCAUCACGUUUUCUUCAGAGCUGUUGAGGUAAUAGUGCACAUCCUCAGAGGUCCUCAUAUUUUAAUACAUUUGCAGUGGUUUAUAGUAGGAAUGCCUUGUAAGUCGUACUCAAGAGGAAAAGCUGCUCCGAUUAGCCUGUUUCAGGAAGUACAGCCACCUGGAGGAGAAAGUAGCUUCAGGCGGCAGGAUUUGGAGUCUUAUUUCCUGGUAUUUUGACAUCUCGCCUUGAAUUGGCUAACAGCAUCAUUGAUGUUUUAUCUCCACAAAUAACACAAGCCUGGAGGAUUCCUGCAGUGUGGUGAAGUUGCUAAUGCUAACACUUAGCUUCUACUAGAUGAGACGUUCACUGCUGUUUCCUGGAUGCUAAACCAACAAAAGCCUUCCCCAUCGUAAGUCAAGAUGGGUGAGUCCGUGAAUGUUAAGCGACAUUGUGACGUAGAUCUGUCAGGCUUUUCAGAUCCUAGAGUCUCACCAUCUAUUUUCUAUCAGAAGCUAAUGCAGGACAUACAGUGCUCAACAUAAAUGAAUACACCCCCAUACAUUUGUCAGAAAACCUUUAGUUUCUUUUUCAGAAUCGACAUUUUCUAUGAGAUACCAAACUACAAAAUACUCCCACAAAUGCGGGCAAUUGAUUGCAAACAAGAUUUGUUCACUUGCACACACAAAAUGUGAUUUUCCUAACAAAUCUAUUCAAGUCCAUGUUGCAAAAAUGAUAGUAUUAAUUAUAGUCUUAGGAGAAAAGCCAGACUUAAAGAGCAAAUAGCAGGUUAAAUAUUUUUUCUAAUUCAUAUAAAAUGCUUCCCAAAAAUACUAUUUAAAAAGCUUAUUGUGUUUAUUUCAUUUUAAAAUACAUAACAGCAGAGUUUUCUUUUCUAAAUCUGAACCUCUGACGUAACCAAAGGGAGUUAAGCUCGGCGCUGCCUCAGCUCAGUGUGGACAGUGGGUACUUUUAGGGUAGAGAGAUCAUGUAAUCGAGUCAGUGUGUUUACUAGUGUUGGAUUGUGUUCAUUUUGAUGAACUAUAGUCUGUGAAGGCUGUACCAACUCCUGCAUGACAUCGAGUCCACGGGUUUCCAGAUAAGAGAAACAACGCCUCUAUCUCCGUGCCUGAGGGUGUUUUGUGCAGCUGAAAAGACGAGACUUCUAUAGCCCACAUCGGUCGGUACCAGAACAGGGAGGUCCGCGCUGGGCUCCGGAGACCCGUGGCGGGGUUUCAAAAACUUAAAUGCGGAUUUCUGGAGCUCAGAUCACCGUCAGAACCAGGUCAGAACCGACCACCAGAAGAGACGCGCAGCUCAGCGGGCCAGCUGAUUUCUGGGUCGGAACCGGAUCAGAACCGCCGCACCAGGAGGGGAUGCGUGGCUUUUAAAAAUACCAGCUCGACUGUCUCGCUCGUGCUUGGGUCAAAUCCAUCUCACAGAAGCCCGCAUGAGCUCCUGAACCGGUGUUCUGGGAAUUUCUCCUACCCGGUACACCAUCCUACCCGUUGUUCCUGAGCAUGUGCGCGCAUGCGCACAACACAAAAAGGGAAUGCUACUCCGUUGUCAUGUUUGCAGGAAAAUAGAUAAGUAGUAAGUAUUAGUACUUUUUAUUGACGUUGAUACUUGAUUUUUUGGGUUAGGGUUAUGGUUAGGGUUAGGGUUUGUGUCAUGUAAAACACCGUAAAAUUAUCCCACGGAUAGGACGUUUUAACAAAGUAGGAUGUUUUCUCAGAACACAGGAUCACAGGCGUCUCUCUCCCUCUCUCUAAGCGCUAAACUACGUUACGUGAAUGGAUAUUAAUGAGUGUGAGACCGCUGACAGAUGCUCAUUAGUAUUAUUAUUAUAUUAACUGACCGAUACUAUUUUAAUUGUCUGGUACACGAUAGUAAUCAGUACAAUUUUGUGAUGUUAGCACACGAGUUUAAGCUAACAUGGUUAACUCACCAGACACCAUGCUGUAAAUACAGUACCACUUCUGUCCAUUGCUUAUUUCUCACCCUUUUUCCUUUUUUUUAUCAUGAGCUACUCUCGUUCAUUGCUGUCCUUCAUGUUAUCGCAUCUUCUCUUGUCCCUGCCACCCAUCACUGUGCUGCAUUUUUAAUAGGAACAAGCUUCUAGACCCCUAUACUCUGGAAUAAAUCCAUGAAUUAUAGAAUAAACUGACAAAUAAAACCAGCUAAACCAUUUGACUGUUUCUUUUUUUCCCUCUGAUGCUAAAGAGGAUUUUCUGUUACUUUCUUGCAGUGAGUCUGACUCGUACUAAAGAUACAAACUGAGUUGUUUACUUCCUGUCUCCGCUCCAUUAGAUUUGUGGCUUUGCCAAAGAUUUCGGGUGAAUAUUAGCAUCAGUGCCUCUUACUUUUAUCUCAUGCAGUUGAAUGAUUAAACUGUCUGUGUCCCUUUAUUUUCAGUUAUACAUGUGAAUAAAUGUAUAUUUAUUCCACGCCAUGACAGAAGACAUUUUUAAAACACAAAAAUACAAAUAAACUUGAGUGUGAAUGCUGCAGCUGUGCAAAUGUGCAUAACAAAUUCAUGCAGUAAAUGUCUUUUUUUUACAGCUGUGACAAAAACUGUUGCUUGAGUUGGUGUUUGAGAAUCAAUGUUUUCAUGCAUUCCAAAAGAGCUGUUUGUGGCUCGGAGGUGUGUGUAAUUAAAAUGCUUGCAGCAGGAAAGUUUCAGGUUAAAACAUGGAGGAGGAGGAUGGUAAAGGACCACCGGAUUGAGCUCCAGACUUUAUAUAAUUGAAUGUCAACAAAAGUAGAUGGACUGGGCACCAUGAACAUAGUUUUAUAGAUAAGGUAUUUGUGUACCUUGCCUUGACUAAUCACAACACAAGGCAGUUUCCAUCCUUAUCAAAAGAUUAAGGAUGAAGCAUCAAACAAGAUCUAGUUCAGUACUUAAUAUCUUAAAGUAUAAGUUGAAUAAGAUUGAUUAGUUUUAAUUAAACAGCUGUUUCUUUAGUUUCGUAUUGUGAAAGUAAUGUGGUCCAAACUGCUGCUAGGCAGGUUGAAUAAACAUGACGUUAACCAGCCUUUCCACUGGAUGUGUAAGUGGCGUGUUACACACUAGACACGUUUUACCUGUGAGCUCCCUUCCAACUGCAUGUGACUUUUAUUUUGAAUGUUUCCAGAUGUUUUACACAUUUUUGGUGUUUGACUUGCUUUCUGGCCCAAUCAGAACAAUGGAGUUUUGAGGGGGCUGGACCGCAUCCCCAUGCUGCAAUGCAUGGCAGGCAAUAGCAACGAACCCAGCCAUCCAUUCUCUUCUGCUUAUCUGGGGAUGGGCCGCGGGGGCAGCAGCCUAAACAGGGAGGCACCGACUUCCCUCUCCCUCGCCACUUCUGCCUGCUCCCUCUGGCCAGCCGAGAGACAUAGUCCCUCCAGCGUGUCCUGAGUCUUCCUUUGGGGCUUCUGCCAGUUGGACGUGUGCAGAAAACAUCACCAGGGAGGCGUCUUUUGGAAUUGUAGGGUGACCAAGGAAGGUCCCGCCUUUCUCGCCUCUGAUUGGUUAGAUGGGCUGUACUACGAUUGGCUAUUUCAUUUAGCAGCAAACCGUCUUCCCUUGCUAAGUGCAGACCAUCGUGCAGACCAACAGAACAGCUGUUUUGGGGAUUUUUUUUUAUUAUGAUUUUUUUUUUUAGAAAAUAAGAACUUAGCCCCAUUCUGUCCUGUUUUGCAAAAGUUUUUUUGUUUCAUUGAUUAAAAACUGAAAAAUGUAAUAAGUGAACUUAUAAAUCUUGUUGCAUUUAUCACACUGUGGUACUUACUUUAUGUCUAUGGCUCUAAAGCAUUGAGGUUAUCUUAUUACAGCAGAGUACAUAGGAUAAAUGUGUGUGCCUUACCUGGGUAUGAAAUAUAAUAAAACUGCCCUAUUUUACCCAGCUGUGUGCAGCAGGUCUGUUUCUCUUCUAGAAUAAUGAAAAUUGCUGAAAAAUAGGUCUAAAUCAUAAUCAGCUUUCAAUUAAAUUCAGUUAAAGAUACAGAUUUAAACACAUGACAGAUGUGUCCUCACUUUCAUCCUGCUUGCUUCACAGCCUCAUCCUAUGAAAGUAUUUCCAAAUUGUUAUCAAAAGGCAUGAUCAUGAAAAUACACCACAUCGAUUACAUCCCAGAUUUUAUUGAACAAGUACAGAACACCUGUGUGUGUGUGUGUGUGUGUGUGUGUGUGUGUGUGUGUGUGUGUGUGUGUGUGUGUGUGUGUGUGUGUGUGUGUGUGUGUGUGUGUGUGUGUGUGUGUGUGUGUGUGUGUGUGUGUGAAUAAGUAUAUUGAAAUGGCAGCUAUGUCAUCAGCAAACAACAGAUUGGAUGAACAUUUGAGGGCAUGCCUAUUUUUUAACGUGGCUUUUGAAAAGCUAAUGUUAGCUUUCUCACAAAGACAUAUUUACCCCUGCUCAGAUAUCCACAUCAGUUGCUUUGCUUGCUUAGCUUUCAGACAAGCGAAGGCCGCUGUUGUCUGUCGCCCCCGCAAAUUUUCAGCCAAUCAUAGUAGAGCCCAUCUAGCCAAUCAGAGGCGAGAAAGGCGGGACCUUCCUUGGUCACCCUAGAAUUCCAAAAGACGCAUCCAGGAGGCAUCCUAAUUAGAAUCUUUAGCCACCUCAACUGGCUCCUCUUGAGCAGCGGAUCUACUCCGAGACCCUCCCAGAUGAUUGAGCAUCUCACCCUAUUCUAAGGGAGAGCCCAGCCACCCUGCGGUGAAAACUAGUUUCAGCCGCUCGUAUCUCGUUCUUUUGGUCACUACCCAAAGCUCAUGACCAUAGGUGUGGGUUGGAACGUAGAUCGACCGGUAAAUCGAGAGCUUCUCCUUCCAGUUCAGCUCUCUCUUCACGACAGACCAGUACAAUGCUCGCAUCACUCCAGACACAGCCCCAAUCUGCCUAUCGAUCUCCCGAUCCAUCUUUCCCUCACUCGGGAACAAGAACCCGAGAUACUUAAGGCAUUCUACCCUUUCACAGUUCAAUGGAAAAGAACCCAUCCACUAUAAUGGUGACUAAUUGCUGAUUAUUACAUUUGUUGGGCAUUUCAUGGACGUCACGCGACGCUCACGCUUCGGGUGGUAAGGCCCAGUUACUCGGAUGAGUUCAAAGCAAAAGCCUUGUGUGAGUCAACAAUUAUAAAGCCACGAAUAAAUUAAUUAUAGACAUUCUUUGUUGCCAAACCAACAGGGCUUAGCUUGUUAAAGGGCAGAUUUGACUACACAAUGCACUGGGUCCUGACUCCUUCUAAAGCACUUUAAGCACUUGAGUGCCACAUAAAAGCAGUAAGUACUGGAAAUAAUUUAGCUCAAAAUAUGUGAUCUAGAGUGUAGCUGGUGUUGAAGUCAUAAAAUACCUCUUUCACGUUUGUGCGAGCCUACAAACGGUCCCAACUUUUCAGGUUUGCUCCUGUCAUCCUGAUACGGGACUGACGUCAGAGUAUCCACACGACCCAUUGAACUAGCUGUCUUGAUCUGCACAAGACAUUAAAUAGAUGAGCGGUUUAAUUACAUUUCAUCUGUGGCAGAGCCAGCUGUAGGCCAAGGGGUAAUUAUAAGGGUGAAAUGCAGGAUUGCGUCAAAGUUUUAGGCAAGAGAAGAAUGUUUUUGCAUGUAUCGAGUCUACUCUGGUGAAGUCUGUUCUUUGUGACAUUCUGGAAAAGUAAGUGCUUAUAUAUGUUGCUAUCAGCCCCCAGUGAGACGAACAAACUUUUGCCAUCUUUUCUGAACCAACUAAGAGCUUCACUCACUUCCUGCCACUUGCAGGUGACCCUAAACAAAGUAAAAAUAUCCAAACAUGUUCAUUAUUCAGAAUGUUGAAUUAAUAAUGGAGGGUUUCCUGCGAUUUGUAACUCUCCUUUAUGUUGAAUGGAGACUAAAUGCAUAAUUUUGAAUUAAAAUGAGUAAAACUCCAAAGAAUGAAGUCAAACCCGAAGCUGCCGGGUCGUUCUUUUACAAGUAAUUUAAUUUUCUUUUCUCAUCCCUGCCCCCGUCUGUGUGUUGUCUCAGUCUUUUUACAGCAUGUUCAUACUUUUGGAUCUUCAGAUGGUUUUAAGAUUUGAUCAUAAAUUCAUUUUCUGGCACAUUUGGACCUAACUGACCUCACCAAAAAUGAAAAAGAACAAACAAAUACAUUUGAAUGCACAUUAGGGCCACUUCCAGAGGACAAAUUGGUUUUUGCUUACUAGUUUUGAGAAAAAAAAUCCACACUGAAGACUUUUAAAGACUUGGGAAGAUUUCAUUGUGAUCUCAAACCCUUCAAAUUAAGAGUUUAAAACACACUGACAUAUCUCAAAAUACUUUAAACACAUUUGAAGUACAGAGUUUAUUAUUAAACAGUUGGACUUGUGGGUUCAGCUGUGGAUUAACAUGCACUAUAAGGCUCUACUUUUAACCCUCUGGAGGCAGGCGUUGCAGACUUGCAACAGUUAAAACCUACCUACCCAGUUACUCCACAUACGUAUUUCAUGAUCAUUUUUUAUUUCAGAAGUACCCCUGAAGGACUUAGUUGUUUGUCCUUUUAUUAAAACUUAUUUUGAGCCUGAGAGAGUGAAAAACUUGAAGGACUAAAUCACCAUAGUUCAUUUAGCCCUGACAUGUGGGUAUCAUAGGUCUUGGGGCAGCAGUAGCUCAGGUGGUAGAGCGGGUUGCCUCAUGAUCGGAGGGUCAUAGGUUCGAUUCCAGCUCCCGCCAGGGGUAUCCUGCUGUUGUGUCCUUGGGCAAGACACUUCACCCAACUUGCCUGUGUUAGUGGUGGUCAGAGGGGCCGACGACGCCAAAUGGCAGCCUUGCCUCUGUCAGACCCCCCCAGGGCGGCUGUGGCUACAAGUAGCUUACCACCACUAGCAGUGUGUGAAUGUGAGAGUGUGUGAAAGCGUCUUUGGGUGUCUAGAAAAGUGCUAUAUAAGUUCAAUGCAUUAUUAUUAUUAUGUAGAUCAACUGCUUAUUGGUUUUUUGUUGGCUUUUGCUUUAAUCAUGUGAUUUUAAUCACAAAACUCUUAAACAUUAAAACAACAAAAAAGUUAGCUCUUGUGUUUGUCUCUUAAGAUAUGUUAUAUAAAUUAUAUAAAAUAUGUAAGUCAUCUAUAAUAUAAUAAUAAUAAUAAUAAUAAUAGGGCCAAUUGAAAUAAGCAACUAGAAUACAAUUAAUUUAUUAUGUCAGAAAUUAAGGAUUUUUGUUUUAUAAAAUCGGAAUUUGGAAAUUCCCAAAAGGGACAGAAUUUUACCAAUUUGCAGAAAAUAAAUACUAAAAGUUUUAAUUAAACUUCUUUUAUUUUGAAGGCAGUAUAGCUAAGGUUAGUUAUAUGUUAAGCAUUAAACAAGGUUUUAACAAGCUGGUUAAAUACCAGAUUCUGGUUCUUGACUCUUGCUGCUGUUUCGCUCACCUCUUUUCUAUUUCACGUAUCCUCCUAUUUUUGUCUUUAUUUUUUCUUCUGUUUUGCUUUUUGUUUGACGCAACAUUCCCUUUUCAUCUUCUCAGAAGAAUACUGUUGACAUCCUUUCAAACUUGAAGUCAAAGUUUAGGGUCAAAAGUCAGUCCUGGUUUCCGUCUAAACACGCACUUUAAGAACUGUUGCUCAGAGAGAAAGUGCUUUACUAUUUGGUUAUUGAACUUUAAACAACGUAAUCCAUUUUGCACAACAUGCACUUUCGUUUCUCUUCAAACCAAAACAUGUCACUUAAGAGAAAAUGUGGGAAUUGAGGAAUUGGAAAUGAGGUUAAACUUUAGAAAACCUCCUGAACUGUAUGGUGAGACAGUUUGGAGGUGCGUAUGUGGUCCCCCGUGCAAGCCUCUCAUGUUGAAAGGCUGAAUUAGGACUGGAGCCAUGUGCUCAUUGGACACAAAUGAGUUACAAAGGACUGAAAGCAUGUUUCCUUCUAAAGGCCAACAGGAGGUGUGUGCAGCUCUUCCUUUAACUCUGUGGAGCUGCACUCGAAGGCAGGAAAUCUGACUCAGGUGCAAUUUUAAAUGUUUUUUUAAAGUUCAACAGAAAUGAAACAGAGAAGUCCUGCAGCACAUCUUAACAAGCGUUCUCAACAUAACUUCAGAGCUCCUAAUACAAACGUCCAAAUUCAUUGAUACAAACAUUAAAGUUGCAUACAAACUAAUCGGUGCUAUUAUUCUAGCAGAAAAUGUACCACUUGUGCUACUCAGGGCAAUUAGAACCGUAAUACAAAAUUAAUUUAUGGCGUAAACAGACACACUCCCACAUGCAACAGUAGUCUUUCAUCCAUUUCAUAAAAAAUAGUCAGUGAACGAGAAUUGUUCCCACCUCAAGUUGUUUUUAAGCCUCCAGUAAUACCAGUGUAACACUGAGAGAUGUGCUGUAAGAAGAAAAGUGUAUCUCUUAUUAUUAUUAUUAUUAUUAGUAGUAGUAGUAGUAGUAGUAUGAAGCUGUGAGUUAUUGCUGUGGUGUAUGCAGACAGUCUGAGAUAGUCAUUUUGUUUGUUUUUAAGUUUACCAUUACCAAGUAAAUGUGGGUUUUGUGUUUAUGUGGUAUUGUCUUAAUGUGACUUGGAUGUCCCGACAAAUACAUCCGUAUUUUUCUAAUACAAACACCAAUGCAUUGUGGGAGACUAUUUAUCCAGUACUGUGCCAGAUUGAAGUCAUUGAACCAUUGUUUGUAUUUUUCAAGAGCAUCAACUGAACUUUCUGUAUUUUAACUGACGAACGUUAAAGUCAGUGCACUAGGCGUUAUAAAGAGUAGAAUCUGGAUUGGCUGCAGGCACACAAGAAUUGUGUUCACCAUCUUGGACAAGUCUCUGCAGACAGAAACCAAAACAGCUUCAGUCGUAGAUCUUGGAUGGCUGAAAACUGUGUUAUGCAUUCUUUUCCAUUAGGCAUUAGUGGUUAAUGUGGCAUCUUCUCAUUAAUGUCUGUGCCGGUAAUAAUAGGGAGCUGACGUCUCCUCCCUUUCCAGUCGGCUCAUUGGUGCCCAGAAGAAUGAAAAAAAAAAAGCACGUCGACGGGGCUAAAAGAGCUAUUUUCUAAUCCGCUUUGCCUUACGCCCUGGAUCACACCAUGUACUUUGAGAUUUAUCUGCUUGUAAAAUAUCGCAAUUAGCGUGACUACAAAUCAGACAUCAGCACCUCACAUAUGACGUCACCACAUAAUCUCCUCUCCCCUAGCAUAGCUGCUACUUACCACAUGGCCAGAUUUAUGGUGGUUCUUGUGGGAAGGAUUAGAAAUUAGCUGAAUUUACAGCCAUUUUCCCUCUGUUUUCUCCAUGUUUGGUUCGAUGAUGUCACUUUCGUGAAGCACAUUUGUAGUCCUGGACAGUCAGCUCCGUGUGUGUGUGUGUGUGUGUGUGUGUGUCUGUGUGUGUGUGUGUGUGUGUGUGUGUGUGUGUGUGUGUGUGUGUGUGUGUGUGUGUGUGUGUGUGUGUGUGUGGCCCGGAGGACAAAGGACGGGAGAACGCGCAGCUAAUUAAUUAAAUAAUUUGGUUCUGUACCUUUCUCUUGAGCACAGCCGACAAAGGUUUAAAUGGGUCAGUCUUCCUGCAUGCUCAGAUCAUUCCCUUCCCUUGCUUGAAAAAUUGUUCCAAAAUGAAAGUUGAACCCACAUCUUUUUUAUCUGUGAAUUCAAUGCCGUUCGGCGAGUGUCAAAUAAAAAUGUGGGCAUCUUAUUGUAAAAAAAACAUACCAUUAAUGUAAAAAAUCAACUCUAAAUAAACUAUGUUCACAUCCAGAAUCGAACCCAGGUCUUCUGCAUGAAAGUCCCACAUCUUAACAGGCGAGCGAACACACCAGUGACGUAACUUGUAUCUGUACCAUUUAAGAACGGUUUGGAGGGCUAUGCCUGAGCGUGAACGUCCAUGAAGCAGCCUGCUCGACCCGAGCAGCUCUUUUUCUGUGAUUUUACAGAAAAAUAGGCAAUCACAGUAAAAAUGCCAGGGCUCAUUCUACAGGACCAGGGCAUUGCAGGAGAAUGUAUGAAGAAGAAAUGUAUUAUUUCUAUACAUGUUUUGGUUGUCAGACUUCCAUAAUGCCCCUUUAAGUGAAAUAAUGUUACGUUUCCAGAACCGGACGGACUCUAAAUUCUGUGGUUCUCUAAGUAAUUAUGAAGCCAAAAAUUAUGGAAAUAAAUUGUCAUUUUUGUUCAAUAAACGACAAAGAUUUCAUUAGCCUUAAUUUGUGAAUAUUUAGUGUCUCACCCCAAAAAAUGCUACAGUUUUAAACAUUAAAUAUGAAACUGACUCUAGUAUUUUUCUUAAUUGAAUUAUAUUAAUAAUCCAAUGUUUUAUUAAUAUUGUUGUCCCUUUUCAAAUUUGACUGUCAGCCUUUUGUGAAUUUUAGAAUUGAAAACCGUUAGUUUGGAUGCUUAAAAUAAAAAUUUGUCAGUGUUAACUGCAGAGAGUGAAAAAUAGCCUUAAACAGGAGUUUAUUAAGACCUUCACUGAAUAAGAUAAUGUCACUUUUAUCAGCUUUCUGCACAACAGACAAUAAUCCACACACCAGAUCCACCUGAUUAUUGAUAAAUUAUCCUCUAAAUCAUCAUCUCAGGUAUUAUGCAGGACAGACAAGUGCUCUCGUUCACACUCACAAACACAACCUCACUGCUCUGCCCACUCGCCUGUAUGUUGGCUGCUCGAGAUGUCUUUGUAUCCCAUCACCAUAACAACUGCCUCAAAGCACAUCUGAGAGAGAGAAAAGAGAAAGCCAAAGUGAAUUCCUCUCAGUCAGUUUGGUUUGGAGGUGGAGAGCGUAGCGUAGCUGUUGGUAGAUCGUCGCAGCAUGUCAGCGUGGCGUGUGUGUGAGAACAGGGAGCGAGCUUGUAUGGGUGAGCGGGCUGUAGAUGAGUUGGUGUGGUGAACGAUGGUUGUCAUGUGAAAUCCAGAAGGUGUUGGAGAGUGUGGCUUUUUGAAGAACCUGGACUAAGUAAGCAGUUCGUGAUGCCACACGUGGCAAGCCUGAAGAAGUUUAUGGAGUAUGUGCAGCAGAGGAACAUUGAAAAGGUCUCAAGGUUCCUGGAAAAAGGCCUGGAUCCUAACUUCCACGAUCCAGACACGGGAGAAUGCCCACUAACGCUGGCAGCACAGUUGGAGGGAUGUGCAGACCUCAUCAAAGUGCUGAAAAAUGGAGGGGCACAUCUGGACUUCAGAACAAAGGACGGCAUCACCGCCCUGCACAAGGCUGUGCGCAACAAGAACCACACAGCACUAAUAACACUGCUGGACUUGGGCGCGUCACCUGACUACAAGGACAGCAGGGGGUUGACUCCACUUUACCACAGUUCAAUGGUAGGAGGAGACCCCUACUGCUGUGAGCUGCUGCUGCACGAUCACGCACAGGUCGGCUGUGAGGAUGAGAAUGGCUGGCAGGAGAUACACCAGGCUUGCCGUUAUGGACAUGUGCAGCAUUUGGAACACCUGCUGUUCUACGGAGCUGACAUGAGCACCCAGAAUGCCUCUGGAAACACCGCCCUGCACGUGUGCGCUCUCUACAACCAGGAUAGCUGUGCACGAGUCCUUCUCUUCAGAGGAGCCAAUAAAGAGUUAAAGAACUACAAUAGCCAGACUGCUUUUCAGGUGGCUAUUAUAGCAGGAAACUUUGAUCUAGCAGAAAUCAUUAAGGUCCACAAAGCAUCAGAUGUUGUGCCUUUCAGGGAGACUCCUUACUACACCAACCGCCGACGAGCGACGACUGGCCCCCUGCCCUCGCCUCGUUCCCUUCUUCGCUCCGCGAGUGACAAUAACCUUAAUGGCGAUCACGAUCACAUCCACACUCAGCCUCACCGGGAAAUCCGCGGCCGCAAGGGUCACUCCCCCGUUCCCUCGCUGCACAGUCUCCCAGCUUUUAGUCAGCAGCACAGCAGCCUUGGCGAAAGUCGUCAUGGAGAGAUCCCUGACAGCAGCCUUCAGAGUACUGGCAGCUCCAGGUCCUCCCAUUCCCGCUCACCUUCACUACAUCACAGGCAUGAAGAGGACAAACCAGUUCCCAGACGGUCCCACAGCCACGGCUACCCUCAUGGAUACGGCCCACGUGGAAGACUCAGCCCUGGUUCAGUGCAACGAGACCCAAGCCCACCUCAUCACACGCCUCCAGCACUGAUGGGCCCCCGGGGGCCCAAACGGAAACUCUACAGCGCCGUCCCAGGACGUACCUUCAUUGUGGUCAAGCCCUACUCCCCACAGGGGGAGGGAGAGAUCCAGCUCAAUCGUGGGGAACGGGUCAAAGACUAUGACUGUAAUGACGUAGAAGUGUUGAGUAUAGGUGAAGGAGGAUUUUGGGAAGGCACGGUCAAAGGGAGGACGGGAUGGUUCCCAGCAGACUGCGUGGAAGAAGUUCAGAUGAGACAGUAUGACCCAAGACUAGAGACUCGGGAGGACCGCAAUAAGAGACUGUUCAGACACUACACUGUGGGGUCGUACGACAACUUCACCUCAUACAGUGACUACAUCGUAGAGGAGAAGAAUGCCGUUUUACAGAAGAAAGACAAUGAGGGGUUUGGUUUCGUCCUGCGAGGGGCCAAAGCCGAGACUCCCAUUGAAGAGUUCACCCCCACCCCAGCAUUCCCAGCCCUGCAGUAUCUGGAGUCUGUGGACGUGGAGGGAGUGGCCUGGAGGGCUGGUCUCAGGACGGGAGACUUCCUUAUCGAGGUAAACGAGGUGAAUGUAGUGAAGGUGGGCCAUAAGCAGGUGGUGUCCUUAAUCCGGCAAGGGGGCAGCAGACUCCUGAUGAAGGUCGUUUCUGUCACACGCAAACCCGAGUCUGAAGAAGUUGUUCGGAAAAAAGCUCCUCCACCACCUAAAAGAGCCCCCAGCACCACCCUGACGCUACGAUCCAAGUCCAUGACCGCAGAGCUGGAGGAGCUGGCUUCUGCUCGGAGGAGAAGAGGAGAGAGGCUUGAUGAAAUGUUGGCAUCACAGGAAUCUAUGUUGCAUUCUCAACCCCCGGAGGCAGACUACCGAGCAGCCACUGUCAAACAACGGCCCACCAGCCGCAGAAUAACACCAGCAGAGAUCAGCUCACUGUUUGAGAGACAAGGGAUGACUCUACAUGGAGGUCUGCAUCCAGGGAUUGAGAGAGGCCACAUACCACUUCUUAAAGGCAUGUCCAGGACCAAGUCUUUUGGUGCCACAGAGGAAGACCGACUCUCAGCCCUUGCAGGCGAGCACAGAUUCCCCCGCAGCUCUUCUAUGACAGACAGCCUCCGAGACCAUUCACAACCCCAUCCCAUACCUCCACAUCCACAAACAGCACCUCCUCCUCCUCCCUACUACUUAGACACUGGUCCUCCCCCAGCUUUCUGCCCUCCUCCUCCCCCAUCCAGGACUCAGAGUCAGGGCCAUGAGCCGGGAGGGCGUUCCAGCUUCAAGCCAUCUUCUCUGGACCUGCCGUACGAGGCCGCUCAGCGACAGGCCACACACCUGGAGAGACAGAAGAAAGCUCGUUCCAUGAUCCUCCUGCAGGACUCCUCCCAUCUACCCGUCGAACCGACAGAAAUUCCUCGGCCGUCUGCUGCUACUCCACCAGAGCGAAUUAAAAGAAAGGGCAGGGUAAUUGACAACCCUUACGCAAACGUGGGUCAGUUUAGCAUUGGGCUUUACACACCUACAAAGCCUCAAAGAAAGAAAAGUCCCCUGGUGAAACAGCUGCAGGUGGAAGAUGCGCAAGAAAAAGCUAGUUUGGCCUUAGCUGCUGCCCACUCGCGAGAGAGCUCACCCUCAGGACGACACCCGCUCACCCACGGGCACACACACACCAGUCGUGCAGACUACUACCAGCAGCAGCUCAUGGUUGAGAGAGAGCGCUUGCGUGCCCAAGGAGAGUUGAUGUUUCAGGGUAAAGGCCCCUUUGCUGCUGCCAUUGCUGGAGCAGUUAAAGAUCGUGAACGUCGUCUAGAAGAACGAAGGAAAUCCACUGUCUUCCUUUCUGUUGGGACCAUGGAGGGGUCAUCCACAACAAGCCCAGAUUCCCCCUCUCUAACUCAGUCUCACUCUGUUGAUGAACGGAUGCUAACCCGAGAGCUGGGACAGCUUCCUCCCCCUGCCUUGGCUCUGAGCCCCUUGCCCAGUGGGACCACCUUUAUCCAUCCACUCACAGGAAAGCCUCUUGACCCAAAUUCACCUUUGGCUCUUGCGCUGGCCGCAAGGGAGAGGGCACUUACCUCCCAGAGUCAGUCCCCAACUGGCAGCCCAGAGCCUCGGACUAAAGAGCGAUUAGGCCAGGGUAUAAUGUUCACUAACACUCAGACCAAAGAGUCUCCACUUAGGGAUGGGGCAACUCCCUCUCCCCCUUUUUCACCUAAAAGCUCUAAGGCUGCAGGGCAUGAAGCCAGAUCCUCCCCAGCAUCUAUUUUAGCUCCUCAACCCACCAAACCACAGUGGACCACAUCAUCAUCACCUAUAUCAUUUCAUCAAGAAAUGGAAGCUAGGAUAGAGGAGAGGAAAGAGGAAAAGAGACCAGAGGAUAAAAAAAGCAUGUUGAUCAGCAUUAUGGAUACAUCCCAACAGAAGACCGCAGGACUGAUCAUGGUCCAUGCAACCAGUAAUGGCCAAGAGGUUGGUUCAAGUCCAGGACCUGAAAUGACCUCUAUUCCUGCAUCCAUAGAGCCUGGCAAACCACCGAGUCCACGGGCAAAAUCGCCUAUUCCCACUGUGCCCCAGCCGCAGGCCCAGCUCCAGGUUUUGCCUCAAACUCAGCGACCUGCCAGUCCGGCCCAAGACAAGAGUCUGGCUCAGGGAAGCUCAGAGGAGGAUGCGGAUCAGUACACAGCCACUCUGCCUCCUGCCAUGCUGUCCUCUAGUGACGAGGAAACAAGAGAAGAGCUACGAAAGAUUGGAGUUGUUCCUCCACCAGAUGAGUUUGCAAAUGGGUUGCUGGCGCAAAGACGGGGAAUACCAGUGUCCCCUGCUAAGCUUAUCACUUCACCUGGCACUCCAACAACAUCUACGCCCCAAACUCCCUCAACUGCUACAACCCCAACUGUGACCACCACCCAGCCUCAGCCUCCUCAGCCACUACCAACACCACCUCCAUCCAGUGCAGCAGCUGUCUCAGGGAAGCCCUCUGAACCUCUGGAGCCCCCACAGUUGGGCGAGUCUGGCUCUGCAGCUGACUCAGGCGUGGAGGAGGCUGACACACGCAGCUCGAGCGAGAGAGAGCGAGAUCACCAUCUCGAGACCACCAGCACCGUAUCCACGGUUUCCAGCAUGUCCACGCUGUCCUCGGAAAGCGGCGAGCCUGCUGACACACACACCACGCACACCUCCUAUGCUGAUGGGCAGACUUUUGUGCUCGAUAAGCCACCAGUGCCUCCUAAGCCCCGACUCAAGUCCCAGAUAGGAGGUAGUAAAGGCCCCGUCACCUUCAGGGAUCCUUUGCUGAAGCAGAGCUCUGACAGUGAGCUGCUGUCGCAGCAACAGGCUGCUGCCCUGGCUGCUGCUGCAGCUGGAGGGGCCGGGCUUCCUGCUGGUGGUUCUGCCUCAGUGACUGGUCUAGCACCCUCCAGGCCACGUUAUCUCUUCCAGCGGAGGUCCAAGUUGUGGGGAGACCUAGUGGAGCCUCGAGGACCAGGGAUAGGGCUAGGUAUUGGGAGUUUGGGCAACCUUGGUGGGCUGGGACUUGGGUUGGGCGCAGAUGAGGGUCCGAAACCAUCUGUUAUGGGGGAGCUCAGUUCACGUCUUCAGCAGCUAAGUAAAGACACAAGGUCACUAGGUGAGGAACCACUGGGAGCAUCACUUGACCCAGGAAGGAAGUCGCCUGUGGCAGGUGCCAGACUUUUCAGCAGCCUAGGUGAGCUCCACACUCUUUCUCAGAGAAGCUACGGAACCACAUUCACCAUUCGCCCUGGCAGCCGUUACCCUGUCACCCGACGCACCCCUAGCCCAGGCUCUCCUGAUAGAGGCGACCCCCUCGGACGAUUCUCAGGCUUUGGCUUGGCAACCUCACCGACUACUCCACCACAAACCAUCCUCAAGUCCUCUAGCCUCAGCUUACCGCAGGAGCCCAAAGAGGUGCGCUUCGUCAUGAGGAGCUCCAGCGCCCGGUCUCGCUCUCGCUCUCCAUCACCCUCUCAUUCCCCAGGAUUAGGCUCACCACUUUUAGCCCUUCGACCCUUCCAUCAAAAGCCCCUCCACCUUUGGAACAAGUACGACGUUGGAGACUGGCUCGAGAGCAUCAAUCUGGGGGAGCACAGAGCCGGCUUUCAGGAACAUGAAAUUGAAGGCUCUCACCUCCCGGCUCUAACCAAGGAUGACUUUGCAGAGCUGGGAGUGACACGAGUUGGACACCGCAUGAACAUUGAACGAGCACUUAAGCAGCUGCUGGAGAGCUGACCCCUGCCCUGAGACAGAGCAACAGAUGGAGACAGAUGAAGAUAGAAUGAGUGGGAUGGAGAGUUGUUAAAAACAUGAGAAAAACAAUACAGACUGCUCCUCUUUUACUCCAGCUGCUUUUAUGUUCAGUACUGCAGUCUGUAGUGAUACUUUACGUUUCUGUUUCGCAUCAACAACCUGCAUCUGGCACUGCACUGAAGAAGAGGAGGCAAUACACAUUCAUCCCCUUUGUUCUGCCCUCGCUGUCUGACCUUCCACCCUGCUGGACCCAGUCAGAUCAGACCUCAAGCUAUCUGGUCGCUCGUUGCUAAGGAGAAUCACACGAGCUCCGAUUUGAUUUGUGAAAUGUUAAGUAAAUCUUCACUUUCUCACUACACCCUCUCUACCUCUGCCCCCCCCCCCCCCCCCCCCGGUCGUGUUUUAGGCAUCUGAAACCCUUUUGCAGUUUGAGUAAAGGAGGAGGAAGAGGAAGAACAAUUCUCGUUCCAAACAGAAACUUAAGUUGCCUUUCAACAAAUAUUUAUACUGAAAUCAACCAUGAUGAACACCGCGCUGUGGAAAUAGUGCUCACACAGCUCUGAAAAGGUGUGUCUUCUGUAUACCUGCUACUGUUUUUAAACCGAAGACUUUUAGAGCCCAGAGGUGAAGCUCCACAAAGUAAACCACAGGAGAAAACCCCUCUGCCUCGGUAACCAGACUGUGCAAUCUAUAAUAUUUGGAGAAUGUUUAACCAACACUCGUGGCUUUUUUUAUAUUUUUUGGUUUUCCAAAGGGAAUAUUAUAUAAAAAAUAUAUAAAUAUAUUACUAUGAUAUAAUAUAGUAUAUAUGUAUUGAAUUAUAGCUUUCAAAAGAAAAGACAAUGUUGCAAAGAAGACAUUUAAUAAAUGAAUCUACGCCUGUUUUUGGUUUUUAAAAUAGAAGACCGGAAGAAAUCCACCAAUAGUUUACUCAUUUCUACCAGUUAUACAUAUAAAUAUAUAUAUAUAUAUUUGAAAGACAAAAAUAUAUAGAUAUGGAAGUUUUAUUUCUUCUUGUUACCUGUAUACAGCGUUCCUUACGGUCACUCUUUCUUGAACGUAGCAUGACGAGUCGCUUCAUGUUCUGGACAGUUUGUUUGUUUUGAUUUUGUUAUGGUCUUCCGUCAUACUAAAGGGCAUCCCGCAAUGUGAGUCUAAAACCUUAGCUGAUAUCUAUUCCCACUGCUGGAGCAACUCAUCUUAUUGAUUGUAACAAUAUAUUGUGGUGGUGAUGGAGUGUGGGGGGUACACCUAAUGAAUAAGAAGAAUAGAAAGACGAAUUAUUAAAUUAGACCUCCUUCACACUGGAUUAUUUUGCUCUUUUCGACCAAUUUAGCCUAUCAGAAUGUGGCUGUGUUGUGGCAAAGUCAAAAAUAUUCCACCAGUGAGAAAAAAACCUUGGCACUGCUAUGUUCCUAGGUUUUAUCCUUUUUUUUUAUUUUCACGUCAUUCCACGUACCUAGCUGAAGGUCCUAGCCUUCAGCUGCCGCUCAUCUUACAUCACACCUGAGCACUUUGGUCCCUCCUACUUUAGGUGAGUCCCUGGGAAGGGGCCCAGCCGGGCUCCAUGGGUGAAAGCCCGGACACCAGGUGCUCGCCAAUCCGCCCCACCCCCAGGACUGGCUUCGGGGGAGCCCUGGUGACCCCACGUCCUGGUGAGGGAACACUGGGUGUUUCUCAAUGCCAAGGAACCUCGCCUUGAUGUCUUGGCCCCGCCCCGGUUGCCUAGGAGAUACGUCAUCAGGAGCCGCCAAGACGUGUUCCAGUGUUCAUGUUCUACUGAGGCGUGUGUUCUCCGUUUGUUAGCCGUUUAGCUAGCUGAUCAAGGAUACAUGGGAGUUGUCUUGUAGCCUAGCCUUGUUCAAAAAUUACCCAGAAUACACUGCAGUAUUUUCAAAAGGAUGGUAGAUCAGAAGCCAGCAGCUACUUUGGGGGCAAAUUUCAAGUUUAAAAGUAAGUCAACAAAUUUAAAAUGUUUUUUUUAGAUCCAAAUGAGUUAUCUGUGGUUGGUUAGUUGCUUAUUAGUUGUGGCUCCGGUGGCUAGUGGGUAGUAACACACUUACAUAUUUAAUUUAACAAAUAUGUACAUGAUUUAAAAAGUAAAAGGCUCAUUAUAUAUUUAUAUUGAGACUAAUACGUGUAAAACAUAACGUUAUCUCCCGUGUCAGGUGACGUUACGUGACCACCGUGGAAGCCAUGGCCACGUGAUGCAAGUCUGUUCCAUUUAACCGUUUUCUUUGACCAAGGAAGGACAGUGUCCUUGUAAGUAAGGCGCCUGGCCUCACAAGACAUCGCCUCGCAAGGCCAGGUGACUUGAGAUUGUGAAACACUCACUGUUUCUACUUACAUUGUUCAUCAUAAAGGGCCUUUGGGCUGCAUUUAGCCUAAUCCAUACAUGACCCUACCAGAAGCAUAAAGCCCAAGACAGGUUAGCUCCCAGGUCAUUGGGACACUCAAACCCCUCCACCACAGUAAGGUGGCAUUCCAGGGAAAGUGUCUCAAAUGGAGGUGUACAAGAAGCUCAGGGUCUCGUUCACAAAUGAGGGAGCGAUGGGGCAGGAGCUCGAUAGGUGGAUUUGUGCUGCGUCUACAGUGGCACAGGCGUUGUACCGGUCUGUCAUGAUGAAGACAGAGCUGAACAUUCUAACCCUAAUUUAUGGUGACAAGCUUUGGAUAAUGACCAAAAGAUUAAGUAAUCAGACAAAAUUAGUUUUCACCGCAGAGUGUCUGGGCUCACCUUUAGACAUAAGGUAAGAAGCUUGGUCAUCCAGGAGGGGCUCAAAGUAGAUCUGCUACUCCUUCACAUCAAGAAAAGCCAGCUGGCAUCUGGCUAGGAUACCUCCUGUAUGCCUCCCUGGUGAGGUUUUCUGGGCUCGUCAAACUGGGAGAAGACUUAAAGGGAGACCCAGGACACGGUGGAUAGACUGUCUCUCGGCUGGCCAGGGACUACCUUGGGAUUCCCCUGGAGGAGCUUGCCCAAGUGGCUGAGGAGAAGGAAAUCUGGUCCUCCCUGCUUAGGCUGCUCCUGCCGUCGAACCCCGGAUAAGCGGAAGAGAAUCAAUGGAUGGACAUUUUCAUGAUGACUUUACAAUGUAAAUCAUAAUUGCACCACACAUUAGGCUCCAUCUCGGCAUAACCCUCUCUCACUACAUCAGGUUGCAGCUAUGCACUGGAACAACACGCCACCCAGGCAUGAUGUUUCAAAAUCACAAUGAUUAAUGCCCGGGUCACGUGACGAAAUUUUUAAAUUGAUGGCCAUUUUUUUAAGCAUUAGAAAUCCUGCAUGGUAGUAAAACAUUCACCUAUGUAUCAGUUUUCUUCUUACAGUGUGUGGUGUGCAGCAACUGGCCAAAUAAUACACAUGUACCACUUUCACUCAGAAUAUUCCCUGCUCAGAUGGGAAAUCUUGCAAAAGAAAACAUGACUUUGAAGGGAAAAAACGGUAGAGGAAGAGCGUGCUGCACAGAUCCAUCACCUUAGUUUCUGAUUGGCUUGAUGUCACAUUCAACAGACGGCACAAUUUGUUCCUCCCCGAAAAUCAGACCAAGACAAUCCAACAUGUUUGAAAGCUCGGAUUUAUGAUCAAAGCAGUCCCACCGUCCUAAUGAGCAGACUGCUCAUAAGGAAUCACAAAAGAUAGGACUGUUUGAAAAGGUUUAGCUUUUAGAGCUCUUACAGUAAUCGUGUGCAACCUUAAAAAUUUUGGAAGGGGUGUGGCUAGUAUAAAGUCAGCACAUGAACUGGGCUUAAGUUGGUGCAUACAGACCCCGUGUUGUGCAUGUAUCUCAAUCAUGUUCCCUUUUAGCCUGGCAAGCCAGACUAAAUAAAUGUAUAAUUUAGUCUGGCCACGCUCCAUUGACGGCUCUUGGUUGUGGGGCGGAUUCUACCAUUGUCUUUCAAAUGAUCUCCGCAUUCCACUGGACAAUGAAUGUGACAUACUCUUGUUUCACUCUGUUGCUUCAUCCCACCCACCAGGCAUAUAGAGUGCCCUGAUUGGCCCACAAAGCGGAUAAAGCUCUGUGAUUUGUUCACUAAGCAGAUAGAGCACUAUGAUUGGCCCACCAUUAUGGACCAAUCACAGCUGUUUAUGUGUUUGAAACCCCUCUAGAGAGCUGUGAUUGGCUAGCCAGAGUCCUGGUAGGAGCUGCAGAGGUUCCAAUGGAGCAUUCCUAGACCAAACUUUGCAAAGCAAGAAUUUGGUCUAGUUCACUAGGCUAGUUCCCUUUAUCAUCAGAAGUGCAAAUAAAGAAUAAAUAAAACUUCCUUAGAAAAUUAAAUAGGAUUUACCUGACCCCAAAAAGAAGCAAACAAAUGUAUUAAAGUAUCAUAAUAAGACAGAUUUAUAACAUUUGUAUGUAUUGAAUGAUUUUGUUGUUUUCCUAGAGCACCUAGAGCAGGGGUGUUCAAUUAAAGUUGCUACAAAAAAUAUCUUUAAAAAUAUCUACAUGCAACUCUAAACUAAAAAGGGCUGACGGAAUGAGCAUAGCUGAAUGUUUGGGUUUAUUAAACAAGGACAGCACAAAAGACAAUGUUACAUAUAACGACAAUGUAACCAUUGCUUUGUACAGAGAUUUUCUUGCCAGAGGCAAAUUUUCAAAUCUAGUGUAGUGUACCUAGUGUAGAGCCCAGACAAAGUAAAACAGAUAUUAUCUUGCAUGGAUAAAUAGAACAAAUUUCUCACCAAAAUGUAAUGGUAAAAACAUUGUACUGACAAAGACAAACAUAAUUCCCAAAAGUGUUAAAUAGUGUUUUUGCAUUUCCAACAUUGAUGUGUGCAUGGUUAUGAAGUACCAAUAAGUUACCAGAUUAGUAUCUUGUUUAAUUUGCUGUUACCAUGCUCAACCCGGGAGUUUGAUACACCACUAAACUACCAAGACGUUUUAUUCAGCCCCUGAUGGUUUUGCCUAGCCUGGCAAGCCAUCCUAUAUAUGUGAAUAUAUAGUCUGGCCACGACCCAUAGACAGCGCACAGUUGUGGGGCAGAAUCUAUGGUUGACUUCCAAAAUGUCUCCGCAAUGAACAACGGGGCAUACUCAACGCUAUGGAUGUCAGUCAACAGGGCAGUCUGCCACACAUCAUUGAAGAUUAUGCAAAUACAUCCUUUUUUCUAAAUAAAUAUGGCGGGGGAAUGUUUCUGAAUUUCAGGAAAGAAUCGCCCUUUACACAUUUUGAAAUAAUGAAUGAGAGAGAACGCCCAGAUGUCCUCAUCCACGUGCUGUUUACAAGUAGCUGCCGGGCUUGCAGCACUUCCUCUAGAAAAAAUCUGAAAUGAAUCUCUCCAAAUAGCAUGCCGAACUUUAGCCUACCUGUCGUGCAGAACAUUGGUAACAGAGGUGUCUGUAGAGAGCCCAACCUUUGCUUUUAGCACAUGCCAUCGUUGAAAAGAGCCUUAAAAAAACCUCUAGUCUUAUUUCUCAAACAUUUUCAAAAGAACCCAGUGAGAACGGCGAGGAAUGAAGGCGUAUCACUCUACACAUAAACAAAUGCACAGGAAGUGAAAACUAACCCAGGAACGAGCACAUGAUGACGGCCUUGUGUGAAAGCUUCACCGGAAUGAUUCACAGUUAUGCAGACCAAAGGUUCAGAUGAUCCACCCAGAAGAAAAAGAUCCUCCGCUAUACCUUUAGGUACCUGUGUCUGCUCUUUACUAAAAGAAAAGUCCAAGUCUAUAUGGUCCAUAGUUCGUAUGGCCCAACAAACCGAUCAAAUGGGAUCGGCAAGGCACAAGAUUGUCCAGGCCUGCUGGGGUUCCAAUGGCGCGUGGCUAGACCGACCUGCAAUGCAAAAUGGUUAGGCUGGGUCUCACCAAGUCCUUACAAAGAUAACUUACUUUCUAACAGACAUUUUCCAUCAUCGCAGUGUUUUUCCAGUGUGAAUGGGGCCUAGGGGAACCAUCAAAUAAUAUUUUGUAAAACGUUCUAAAUCUGAAGCCUGAUGUGUUUUUUUCUGACCAGUGCGUAAACAGUCGGAUAACAAAACUCUAUCAAAGAGUCUGAAAUGUUUACUGUGAAACAAGCAAGUAGUCCCUCGAGCAGUGGGCAUGGAAAAGCUUACUUAAGGUCUUAAAGAAAAUUCAGUAUUUUACAACUUAACAGUGCAGCUGCUUCCCUUUAGCUCCAACGUUGUCUUACUGAUGUACUAACCGUAACAGCGGACGCUAGAACUCUUGCAGGAGAUCCAGGUUGUAAAACAAAACAAAACAGAAUUUUCCUUCAACAAUACAGAUCUAUAAUUGUACUCAUGAGCAGCUUCUGCUGGCAGUGAGAACCAGUGAGUUUUAUUCGUGCUACGAAAAGCACUUUGGCAUGGCUGUUCCUUGACAGGAUGCCAAGACAUGUAUAAUACCACUAAAAACCUCUGCUCAUUGGCAGCGUUCAGCAAAGGCACUUCACUUGGCAAAAACUUGUGUGCACAUUUCCUUAUAUUUCCUUUUUGUAAAAUGUUCUGUAAAGCAGGCAGAAUAUAAAACCAUUAUAUACUGCGUUGUAGGAAUAGCACUCACUGCCUCACUGUGACCUCACUUUUCUUUUUCAUUUCCCCGGAUUUAUGUGAAAUUUUUGGCUGUAUUUCAUUUCCGUUGUUGACGUUUUGUUACCUUUAGCCACUGUGGGUAGAUUUUGUAGCGUGUGAAACAUGAUACUUCAAUCUUGUACUCAUUUGAAUCUUAAAGUGAUGAGAGGAGCAAAAAAAAAGAGAGAGAGAGAAUAAUAUCUUGUUCAUUUUAAAUAUACUACCCUUGUAAAAAAAAGAACUACAAAUAUUUGCUUUUUUAAUCACAAGCAAUGUAAAUAUAAUAGAUUUCAUAUAAAUUUUUUGAAACCUAAAAGUAUAUAGAUCUAAAUAUAUGAAUGUUUGGCAUAUAUGCAUAGUUAACCACCUGUGGAAAAGGUGAGAAGAUUUUAUUCUUUCUAUGAACUCUUGAACUUUUGAACUCUGAACUAUGAACUAGGGGAUGAUUUGCACAAAACAAGGUGACAAGGUGCUAACAUAAAAGCCACCCAUCAUCCAAGUGCAUGCGUGCAUCUGGAUUCCCUGAAUCUCUCUGUGUGGUUGUUCCUCUUCACUGCGUGUGUGUGUUUGUGUGUGUGUGUGUGUGGUAUGAAUGUGUGUGUGAGAAAUUUAGCUUUCGUUUAGGUGCAUUUGUUUGAGAGCGAGACAGUGAGAAUGCAUGCAAGAGUGCAAUUAAUCGUUGGGGUUUACAUUUUUGGAGUUAGUCCACUAUAGCCUUACUGUACCAUCAGAGAUUGCCGGCAGUGGCUGUGUCACACAACUUCUCACACACACACACACAUAGAAACACAAAAAAACAUCAAAAUACACACACGCAUUCACUUCUCAAGACUUAUCGUGUAUUCUUCUUACGUCUUGAGGAAAGUGGACUGUUCUGUUCUGCUUAAGAUGAACAGACAGAGAGAGGGAGAAACGAGCAAAUGGUUUUCACGACAACACACUUACUCACCUUGAAGCUGCGCGGGUGCAGCUUUUGCAGCGUCACUGUUCUGUGCAGCCAUUCCUGAAUGGCGUUGGCGCUCCCCAUACCCUCCACUCUGUCUGGCAGCACUCCUCUUUCCUUUUUCAGACCUUCGGUUUUUGAGUUUUUUGGGGGGGAUUUGAGACGAUCCAGUGAGGAACAAACUACACAAAGAAAAAAAAUAUGUGCCAAAAAGCAACUUAACUUUUAACUGUAUAUUUGUCUUUGCUUUAGGACUAUCUUAGUCACAGCACUCUUAAGCUGUUAGAUAAUAUGACAUUAUGGUGCCAUCUCCUGGAAAUCUUGAGAACAACAAACGUUUAUAAGAUCCAUCUGCAUCUUCCUGCAGGCGGAGACACAGUCAUUGUUGUUACUUUGUAAAGAAACGGGCUGUAUGUUGGUCUCCUUAAGCAUACCUACAGCCUGUGUAUAUCUGUUUGCUUUAAUUUUGUCUUAAAUAUUUAGGACGAUUGCCUGAUUUGAACAAUAUGGGGUUUUAUUCCUGGAUAGACACAAAUAACAGUUGCAAGGCGAGCAUGCCGGGUCUGAUCUCGGACACGAGCGCUGGAGUGACUUACUGGUUGAGUUGUUGGAAAUUCGAAGUGAGCAAACAUACACAUCAUUAGGUCAAAUCAGUUGUAAGGGUUAUCUUUUUAACGUUUCUUAAUCUACAAAGCACAAUCUACACCGUGUAGAAAAAGCAGUGUGACUUUUAUUUUUUAAUAAAUCCACUGGUAUUGGUUGAUCUUUACUGGAACCAGUGAUCUUAUUUAUUUAUUUUUUUUCAUUGUUGAUUUUCUCCUUGUUUGCACUGUGAAGUUUAGAACGGUGGACGUAUCACUGCAACGUCUCGGCCUUGUCUCGCACUGCAACUUCCCCUUCUCAGUGUUAAAUGACAGAUCAUCCAAAACACAGACACAUAAUAAAUAAAUAAUACAAUUUAACCAGAAGCUACCUGGUGUUCCACAAGCAAACAGAAGAAGGGUGACAGUACAACACUGAGGCAAGAUCUGAGAUGUUGCCCUGGAUAUUUCCACCACAGAGAUAUAUGUUUGAUAUAAUAUGUAAUAAAUUUAUAAUUAAAACACA